AUGGCUUGUUCUUACGUAUUAACACCAAACCCAACCAAACUAAAUCUCUCCUUUGCACCGUCCGAUCUCGACGCUCCUUCUCCGUCCUCCUCCGUUAGUUUCACCAACACUAAACUAGGACGCCGUAGUAAACUCUCGUCAACAAACUCAUCAAUUUCAGACACUACUACAACUCUAGUAAAUUUCCCAAACUACCCUUCUCCGAACCCCAUAAUUCCCGAGAAGGACACUUCACGUUGGAACCCUCUCCAACGAGCCGCCUCCGCCGCACUCGACUUCGCCGAAACCGCAUUGCUGAAACGCGAACGUUCUAAACCUCUCCCUAAAACCGUUGAUCCUCGCCAUCAGAUCUCCGGUAACUACGCUCCGGUGCCGGAACAACCCGUUAAAUCAUCUCUCUCCGUUGACGGAAAAAUCCCUGACUGCAUUGACGGCGUUUAUCUCCGUAACGGCGCUAAUCCACUCUUCGAACCAGUUUCUGGUCAUCACCUAUUCGACGGUGACGGUAUGGUUCACGCCGUUAAAAUCAUUAACGGAGAGGUGAGCUUCACGGUCACUCCGGUAUCGCGCGGCUGA